AUGGCAGAUUACGACCUCAUCGUCAUUGGAGCUGGCUGGUACGGUCUGGCCUCGGCCAAGACGUACAUCGAGCUGCACCCCGAUGAAAAUGUGCUCGUUCUGGACAGCGAGUCGACCAUUGGCGGCGUCUGGAGCCGUGACCGAUUGUACCCGGGGCUGAAGUCCAACAACAUGCUCGGCACAUUCGAGUACAGCGACUUCCCCAUGGAUACGCCCACCUUCGGCGUCAAGCCGGGCGAGCACGUUCCUGGCAUCGUCGUGCACCGGUACCUGGCCGCGUACGCCGAGCGCUUCGGCGUUUACAAGCGCAUUCGCUUCAACACGCGCGUCGAGUCUGCCCAGGAGAGCAGCGAGACGGAUGGCUGGACUCUGAACGUGGCAAACGUCGCUACCGGCGAGAAGGCGACGUUGAGCACGAGGAGGCUGAUUGUCGCUACCGGCCUGACUUCUCAGCCUUACGUGCCGACCUUCGUGGGCCAAGAAGACUUUGGAGCCACCAUAUUCCACACCAGAGACUUCUUGGCCCACGCCGACACGCUGAAGACUGCACACAGCGUGACCGUUUUGGGGGCGGCUAAGUCUGCCUGGGACGCAGCGUAUGCCUACGCUGCUGCUGGUGUUCCCGUCGACAUGGUAGUCCGCAAGAGUGGGCGCGGUCCCGUCUGGAUGUCGCCUGCCUACGUGACGCCGCUGAAGAGGUGGCUCGAGAAGCUCGUCCACACCCGUUUCCUAACCUGGUUUAGCCCUUGCAUUUGGGGCGACGAGGACGGCUACGGCAGCGUAAGAGGCUUCCUGCAUGGCACGUGGUUGGGCCGCAAGAUUGUGGACGCCUUCUGGAACAUCCUCGGAAACGAUGUCGUCACCCUCAACGGCUUCAACAAGCACCCAGAGGUCAACAAGCUGAAGCCGUGGCACAAUGCUCUCUGGGUUGGCAGCGGCCUCAGCAUCCUGAACUACCCCACCGAUUUCUUCGACUUCGUUCGCAAUGGCGCAAUUCGCGUGCAUGUGGCUGAUGUGACGCGCUUGUCCGAGAAGACAGUCCAUUUGUCCAAUGGCGAGGAACUCAAGGCCGACGUUCUCUUGUGCGCAACCGGCUGGAAAGCAUGCCCCAUCAACUUCCAGCCUCCCGGAUCCGCCGCUGAGCUUGGUCUGCCAUACUACUCCCCGGUUCCCGACACUUUGGCCCAGAAAGCGGAUGCCGCCAUCCUCGAGAGAUUCCCGCGCCUGAAGGACCAGCCAAACGUCAGCAAGUCUGAGCGCGGCGAGAGCGAAGCGCCGAACCAGCCAUUCCGUCUGUAUCGCUUCAUCGCUCCUCUUUCGACCCUUCAAAAGAGGAACAUUGCCUUUGCCGGCAUGGCCAUGACCAUCUCCACUUCAAUCUCUGCGGCGAUUCAGGGGCUGUGGAUCUCGGCCUACUUUGAUGGGAAGCUGGAUCGCCAACCUUCCGAGAACGCAACGUGGGAAACCAUGCUGCAUUCCCAAUUUGGCAAGUGGAGGUACCCGUGCGGCUACGGCUCAAGGCUUCCCGAUUUCGUCUUUGAUACUGUGCCGUACAUGGACUUGCUUUUGCGUGACGUUGGUCUCGAGGGCCACCGGAAGAAGACCAAGUUUGCCGAGAUCACCGAGCCUUAUGGCCCAGAAGACUACAAGGACUUGCCGAGUGAGUGGGUGCAGAAGUACGGCGGUUCGGCAUGA